CAGGCCUCGAAAGUGCCAUUUUAGUUCACUGGCUAUGGAAUACAGUGCUUACUAAUGACAUUAGAACCUCAUCCCCAUCCAGGGGGAUCCUAGCUAGAGGAUACAGGUGGCCUCGACACCCACCCUUAGCUAGACGACCUCAGGAACACGCGCGAUAUCAGACUUCUCUGCUUGCCCAACUUGCCAGUCAAAAAUGUCGGUGGCAAGAUCACUUUGAACUUCCGGGCUAUGUAAGUUGUAUAAAAAUGACCCAGUCGAAGAGUUCUGCCGUCACCUUCAUAGUAUAUGGAGCCAUUGCCUCUGUUUCCUUCGGACCAGGUUUUGAACAAGAGUUGUUUGGGGCUGACAGGCCAAGAAGCUUGGUAUUCCUCCUCGCUGUACUCCGUACUCAGUUUUGGAUCCAAAUACCACGCGCAACGGGGGCCUUUCCGCCGUCACCCUCAGUUACAGCGUAGCAUCAUCCCUGGCCCUAUUCGGCCUCCCUCACUGGCCACAGAUAAGCCGCUGCCGUUUCGCGCAUCCUAGCCGUGUUCGAUCCUGCUUCUAUUUGCCCGUCGAUCCCUUCGCGGGAUGCUAGAUGCAGAUUACGAGUUCAGGCUAAAUAAUUUUGCCACGACUGCAUGCGACGCUGUGGUCAAGGCUUGUCUGUUCUUGGUACUGUACGGAGAACUACUUAUAACCCCCCUUCUCACCCCUCGUCUUACGGCCGAACGAUGCGACUUGCUGGCUGCUGGCUCUUUCUCUUCUUUGCUCGGUCUGUCUUUUGAUUUGGGCCUUUUUGGUCGCCUCUUUUGGUCGCUCUCUCGUCUGUUGUUCGGCUGUUGCCUUUAUGGGCCGUCGUGCGGAAAGCGAAAAUUAGGGCAAUCGUCCUCUCCAAUAGGGCUACGGACACAAUGUAUCGCGGCCACGACGAAGACAUUGAAAAGUCUCCCGGCCAGUUCACGGUCUUCCCCAAGGAUGCAUCUCCAGACCCGAGCACUGCGGUCCCAAUCGCACCAGUGCCAGGGGACAGCCUCGAGUAUGGAGCUUCGCUGUAUGCCAAGAUCCAGCGCAUCGCGGGCAAGCUGCAUAUUGAACAGCGAGGUAUUGAGCGUGUUCCUGAAGAUGAGCGGACGGAUACGUCUCUCUUCAACAUUGGUAGCAUGUGGUUGGCCGCAAACAUGGUUGUCAGUUCCUUUGCCAUCGGCGUGCUGGGCAAGUCUCUCUUCUAUCUCGGAUUCGUCGAUGCUAUCCUCGUCGUCAUCUUCUUCAAUCUCCUCGGCAUCAUGACGGUCUGUUUCUUCUCGACGUUCGGACCGGUCUUUGGCUUGCGACAGAUGGUGCUGUCCAGAUUCUGGUUCGGCUGGUGGGCUGUCAAGUUCAUUGUGAUUCUCAAUGUCAUCGCCUGUGUCGGCUGGUCGGCAUCCAACGCCAUUGUCGGCGCCCAGCUCCUUCACGCAGUCAACACGGACGUCCCUGGGUUUGCUGGCGUUCUGAUCAUCACCUUCUGCACGCUCUUCAUCACCUUUGCUGGGUAUAAGGUCGUCCAUGCGUACGAGUACUGGAGUUGGAUCCCUACCUGUAUCGUCUUCAUCAUCGUCCUGGGAACCUUCGCUCACUCCGGCGACUUCAUCAACCUCCCCAUGGAAGUCGGCACGUCCGAAAUGGGUAACGUUCUGUCCUUCGGCUCGACCGUCUACGGCUUCGCAACCGGAUGGACCACCUAUGCCGCCGACUACACCGUCUACCAGCCCGCAAACCGCGGCCGCCGCUUGGUAUUCUUCGCCACCUGGCUCGGGCUUAUCAUCCCCCUGCUCUUCACGGAAAUGCUAGGCGUAGCCGUCAUGACUGCGACCGGCCUCAAUGAUGGCCACAACAAGUACCAAGCCGGCUACGACGCCUCUGGCAACGGCGGCCUGCUCGACGCCACCCUCCAACCGCUGGGCGGCUUUGGCAAAUUCUGUCUCGUCAUCCUCGCUCUCUCCAUCAUCGCCAACAACUGCCCCAACAUCUACUCCGUCGCCCUCACCGUCCAAGCUUUCACCCAUUACGCCCAGCGCGUCCCCCGUCCCUUCUGGGUUAUUCUUGCUUCCUGCGUCUCCCUAGCCAUCGCCAUCCCAGGCUACUCCCACUUCGAGACCGUCCUGGAGAAUUUCAUGAAUUUCAUCGCCUACUGGCUCGCCAUAUACUCCGGUGUCGCCUUGGCCGACCACUUCAUCUUCAAACGCGGCUUCUCUGGCUAUAACCUGGAAAUCUAUGAUAAGCCAUCCAAGCUCCCCGUCGGUCUCGCUGCUGCUCUUGCCUUCUGCUUCGGUAUCGCCGGUAUGGUGACCGGUAUGAGCCAGACGUGGUGGGUUGGUCCGAUCGCUUUGCAUGCGGGUGAGGCUCCCUUUGGGGGCGAUGUGGGCUUCGAGUUGGGAUUCGCUUUCGCUUUCGUCAGUUACUGUUUUCUGAGGCCGAUUGAGUUGAAGUUCUUUGGGAGGUAGUUGGGAACUCAUAAAAGACACUUCUUUUCAUUAUGUUUUCCAGGGGUUGGUUGCCCUCUGCCGGAUAAAUAAGGGGGAUGGGCUAGCGAUUUUUGUUUCUUUCUUUUCAUUCUGCCUAGAUCUGUUAUUGGCGAUAAGGGGUAUCUUGGUUUUUUCUCUGUCAUCUUCUUUUCUUUUAUGACUUGGUCCCUCUCAGUGCGGCUUUAAAUUCGUUUCUAUGAUACCUUGGAUGUUCAUUUGUAUAUAUCCUAUAAUGUGACAUAAAAGCAACGGCCGUACAUCCAAGCGUAUCAUUACUCUACCAUGAACGGUGGUUAUGGUGGAUCCCUGGUAAGGUUUCGUCCGGUUCUUUCGUGGACAUAUUCGUAAGGUUCCGAGAUCCAAAAUCGGAAACACUCUUGAUCCCAUAGCUCUUGUAUUCAUGAUCACGGUCCCGGCAAUGUGGUCAGACGCGGCAAAU